AUGAAUCUUUCUUACAUUCCUAAUCACUCAGAUCACACCAAUUACGCCGGCCGAGUACUAAGUCCCCACUCGGACAAUGAUUUACCCACCCGAAUCGUCUGUCCACUGCCUCGCAUUAUUCAUUUUCUUUCUUCCUCCGUUGAAGUUCCUUUACCCAUUAUCUAUCUAUCUAUCUAUCUAUCUAUAAUCUGUUUUGAAAGAAUAGCUUUCAUUUUAUUUAAUUUUUUUCUUUCUUUCUCUCUUUUUCUUCUUAUUUUCCUGUAUCGUCUUUCUUUCUCUCGUUUUCUUACUCUUUCUUUCAUUUCAUGUUUUCUUCUUUCUUUCUUUCUUUCUUUCUUUCUUUCUUUCUUUCUUAUUACAAUAAUCAAUCUUUCUUUUUAUACAGCUCGCUUUCCCGCCCUUUAUUAUUUAUCCGCCAAAACCGACAGGAAACUGCUACCUGUGCUCAACAAGCACCAAGGUAACGGAAUGGCAGUCUUGGCUCCAGGAAAAGAGUUUUCUGAUAAACCUUUCAAUGGAUUCUUUCCUACUUUUACCUCAGCCACACCCCUGCGUUUCCUUUCAUGUGCUCUUCUCGAAGUAGACUAUACCGCCGUCUUUGAAUCUAUCGUUAAUGCCCUUGGGUAG